CCCAUGUGUUCUAGUACUUUGUCCACACCAUGUGGAUCCUCACCGCCGCAACUUUAUACUGCGCGUUAAUUCGAUUGGGAAAGUUAUGCUUUGGGUUAUCAAAAUCAUAUAUUUUCCACAUCACCGACCCAAAACCUAACUUUCCCAAUUCGGAUUCACAUUCAUGGAACCUUACAGAAUUUUUUUGUUGACUCAACGAUAUGAGUUGCAGAGACUUCAUUUAAAGCCCUUGGCUUCCUACAAACCAUUAUUCAGAGCUGCAGAGAGUUUCUUUAAUAAUUCCUUUUUACUUGCAAACAAAGAAUCAUGGCUGAUUUUGUUGGGGAAGCUAUUUUGUCUGGUUUCAUCCAGAAACUGAUUGACAUGGUCAACCCCCCUGAACUCUGGAAUUUUGCUAGCGAAGGGCAUGUCCAUUCUGAGCUUAACAAGUGGAAGAAAAUUUUGAUGAAGAUCUAUGCAGUCCUCCAUGACGCAGAGGAGAAGCAGAUGACGGACCCCCUGGUGAAGAUGUGGCUUGACGAGCUCGGAGACUUGGCUUAUGAUGUGGAGGACAUCUUGGACGGCUUCGUCACUCAAGCUUUGCGACGCAAUUUGAUGGCCGAAACUCAUCCUUCUGGCACUCAACCUAGCACAAGUAAGUUACGGAGCCUCAUCCCUUCUUGUUGUACUAGUUUCACUCCAAAUGCUAUUAAGUUUAAUGCGGAGAUGUGGUCCAAAAUCAAGAAGAUCACCGCCAGGUUACAAGAAAUUUCUGCACAAAAAAAUGAUCUCCAUUUACGUGAGAACAUUGCUGGGGAGAGUUCUACCAAAACAAGGGAAAUACUACCCACUACUUCUUUAGUGGAUGAGUCCCGUGUUUAUGGUAGGGAAACAGAUAAAGCAGCCAUAGCCAACUUGUUACUCAGGGAUGAUCCAUGUACUGAUGAAGUCUGCGUGAUUCCUGUUGUCGGUAUGGCUGGUAUUGGCAAAACUACUCUCGCCCAACUUGCAUUCAACGAUGAUGAAAUAAAAGCUCAUUUUGAUUUGAGAGUUUGGGUCUAUGUUUCUGAUGAUUUUGAUGUCUUGAAGAUCACGAAAACAAUUCUACAAUCAGUUUCUCCGAAUACUCAGGAUGUUAAUGAUCUUAAUUUGCUUCAGAUGACAUUAAGGGAGGGCCUUUCUGGGAAGAAAUUUCUUCUUAUCCUAGACGAUGUAUGGAAUGAGAAUUUUGAUUCAUGGGAUUUUUUGUGCAUGCCAAUGAGAUCAGGGGAACCGGGUAGUAAGCUUAUUGUCACAACCCGUAAUGAAGGUGUUGCAUCAAUCACUCGAACUUACCGAGCUUAUCGUCUUCAUGAGUUAGCAUACAAAGAUUGUUUAUCUGUAUUCACUCAACAAGCAUUAGGGAAAAGUAAUUUCGAUGCUCAUUCACACUUGAAAGAAGUUGGCGAGGAAAUAGUGAGAAGGUGCAAGGGCUUGCCUUUGGCAGCAAAGGCCCUUGGUGGCAUGUUGCGCAACCAAGUAAGUCAUGAUGCAUGGGAAAAUAUUUUAACAAGUAAGAUAUGGGAUCUACCUGAGGACAAAAGUCAAGUUCUUCCUGCACUCAAGUUGAGCUAUCAUCAUCUCCCUUCUCAUUUGAAGAAGUGUUUUGCCUAUUGUUCGAUAUUUCCAAAAGGCUAUGAAUUCGACAAAGAUGAAUUAAUCCAAUUAUGGAUGGCUGAGGGUUUUUUUCAACAAACAAAGGAAAAUACCCGACCAGAAGAUUUGGGUUCUAAAUACUUCUAUGAUUUAUUGUCAAGGUCAUUUUUUCAACAAUCUAAUCACGAUUCAUCACGAUUUGUGAUGCAUGACCUAAUCAAUGAUCUAGCUCAAUAUGUAGCGGGAGAAUUCUGCUUUAAUUUGGAGGGUAUAUUAGUGAAUAAUAACCAAUCCACCACUUUUAAGAAGGCUCGUCACUCAUCUUUCAAUCGUCAAGAGUAUGAGAUGCUUGAAAGAUUCAAAGCCUUUCAUAAGAUGAAGUGUUUGAGAACACUAAUCUCAUUGCCACUCAAUGCAUUUUCUAGAUAUCACUUCAUACCAAGUAAGGUAAUAAAUAAUCUUGUAAAGCAAUUUGAAUGUUUACGAGUAUUAUCUUUAAGUGGCUAUUACAUAAGUGGAGAGCUACCACAUUCGAUUGGUGAUUUGAGACAUUUGCGCUAUCUCAAUUUGUCUAACUCUUCAAUAAAAAUGUUACCUAAUUCAGUAGGACAUCUUUAUAACCUACAGACAUUGAUAUUAUCUGAUUGUUGGAGACUCACUAAGUUGCCUGUUGUGAUUGGAGGCCUAAUCAACCUUCGACAUAUUGAUAUUUCUGGUACAAGUCAACUACAAGAGAUGCCUUUCAAGAUCAGCAACCUAACAAAUUUGCAAACAUUAUCUAAAUAUAUUGUGGGCAAAAAUGAUAAUUCCAGAAUAAGAGAAUUGGAGAACUUGCAGGAUCUUCGAGGAAAGCUUUCCAUUUCAGGGUUGCAUAAUGUGGUGAAUAGUCAAGAUGCGAUGCAUGCUAAGUUAGAAGAAAAGCACAACAUUGAAGAGUUGACGAUGGAAUGGGACAGCGAUUAUGAUAAACCACGAAAUGAAAUGAAUGAGAUGAAUGUUUUGGCAGGGCUACGACCACCCACAAACUUGAAAAAGCUCACAGUGGCAUAUUAUGGUGGAUCAACAUUUUUAGGUUGGAUAAGGGACCCCUCAUUCCCAUCAAUGACACAAUUAAUUCUAAAGAAUUGCCAAAGAUGCACCUCAUUACCAUCUCUUGGCAAAUUAUCCUUCCUCAAGACCUUGCAUAUCAAGGGGAUGAGUGAAAUUAGAACCAUAGAUGUGGAGUUCUAUGGAGGGGUUGUCCAGCCUUUUCCAUCCCUGGAGUUUCUAAAGUUUGAGAAUAUGCCGAAAUGGGAAGACUGGUUUUUUCCUGAUGCGGUUGAAGGAGUAGAAUUAUUUCCACGCCUUAGAGAGCUUACCAUAAGGAACUGCUCAAAGUUAGUUAAACAGUUGCCUGAUUGCCUGCCAUCCUUGGUGAAACUUGACAUCUCUAAAUGUCGAAAUCUGGCAGUUCCAUUCUCAAGAUUUGCAUCUCUGGGUGAACUAAAUAUAGAAGAAUGCAAGGAUAUGGUGUUGAGAAGUGGGGUGGUUGCAGAUAGUCGUGAUCAGCUGACAUCUAGGUGGGUUUGCAGUGGUCUUGAAAGCGCAGUGAUUGGCCGCUGUGACUGGCUUGUAUCAUUGGAUGACCAAAGACUGCCUAGCCAUCUGAAAAUGUUGAAGAUAGCCGACUGCGUCAACCUGAAGAGCCUGCAAAAUGGAUUACAGAAUCUCACUUGUCUUGAAGAGCUGGAAAUGAUGGGAUGCCUAGCAGUGGAGUCAUUCCCAGAGACGGGUUUGCCGCCCAUGCUGAGACGUCUUGUGCUGCAGAAAUGCAGGAGCCUGAGGUCGCUGCCCCAUAACUACAGCUCAUGUCCCCUUGAAUCCUUGGAGAUUAGGUGUUGUCCAUCUCUCAUCUGCUUUCCACAUGGUGGGUUACCCUCCACCCUCAAGCAACUGAUGGUUGCAGAUUGUAUACGGCUAAAGUAUCUACCAGAUGGAAUGAUGCACCGCAAUUCCAUACACAGCAACAACGAUUGUUGUCUUCAAAUACUGAGGAUACAUGAUUGCAAGUCUCUCAAGUUCUUCCCAAGAGGGGAGUUACCCCCCACCCUUGAGCGGCUUGAGAUUCGGCAUUGCUCCAACUUGGAGCCAGUAUCAGAGAAAAUGUGGCCCAAUAAUACAGCUCUUGAGUAUUUAGAGUUGAGGGGUUAUCCCAAUCUGAAAAUCCUACCAGAAUGCCUUCACAGCGUCAAGCAGCUCAAAAUAGAAGACUGUGGAGGUCUGGAGGGGUUUCCAGAAAGAGGGUUUUCCGCCCCCAACCUCAGAGAGCUCCGUAUUUGGAGAUGUGAGAAUCUCAAGUGCUUGCCCCAUCAAAUGAAAAACCUCACAUCUCUUCGGGUUCUCAGCAUGGAGGAUUCUCCGGGACUGGAGUCCUUCCCAGAAGGGGGUUUGGCCCCCAAUCUAAAAUUUCUUUCAAUUAUAAAUUGCAAGAAUCUGAAGACUCCCGUAUCUGAGUGGGGCCUCCACACCCUCACCGCUCUUUCGACAUUGAAGAUUUGGAAAAUGUUCCCAGGCAAGGCUUCCCUUUGGGACGAUAAGUGCCUUUUUCCUACACCUCUCACUAACCUCCAUAUCAACUAUAUGGAAUCCCUGACCUCCCUGGAUCUCAAAAACAUCAUCUCCCUUCAACAUCUAUAUAUUGGGUGCUGCCCUAAGCUCCACUCCUUAAGGCUAAGGCCAAUAGCACUUGCAAGUCUUGAAAUCAUUGGCUGUCCUCUUCUUCAAGAAACAAAAUUUCCCUCCAUUGCCGACAUCCCCAAAUUCAAAAUUGAUGGCAGAGUAAAGUAUUCUACAUGUGGUGGAAACAGAAUGGAAACAGAAAGCCAUUCAACGCUAUCCUUUCAUUGUUCAAUCAGGGAUCUGGCUUAAUAAGGAUAUGGCAAGUAGUGCACAGGGUGAACAAGAAGAGAGAGAGAGAGAUGAGACAUGAUCCAUUCUCUUGAUGGAUAGGUGAUUUUGGCUUGGCUGCAGUUAUUGAUUGGGGGUUUUCUAUUAAAUUCGUGAUUCCCUUUUUUGUUCUUUACCUCAAUUCUGGGUGAGCAUGGUUACUUCUACUUUUCUAUUAAUUCUAAUGUAAUUUUGUCUUUCUAUAAAUAACACAUGCUUACAGCAGCCUCUGGCCCUGCCUAAUUGGUAUAUCACUCAUAUGUUUCAUAUGAAGGAAACCUCAAUGACAUUCUAUUCCACCUUUAAUAGCAUCAUGGCCCCCAAACUGGUCUAUUCUUAUGUGUUUCCAAUUCUUAUUACAUGCAAUAUGAUGGAUCGUUCUUCCUAAUAAUUCUUCUUUCCCUAGUCAAGAAAUGAAAGCAAACAAAUAGGUAUUAUGUCUGCUUCUUUAGGAUGCCUGGCUUCCAAUUUCAUUGAUCCAAUAUCAAUUCCACUUUUAGAUAAUGAUUGAAAUUUCUUCUCAACAUGUAGGAAGGAAAAAGAAAAAGGUGAAUAUUAUUAGAUGCAAAACUUCCUAAUCACUAACUGCUACCUAUUCACUUGCUGGUAUAUUCUUCAUUUCUUGCUGCAAUCAUGGCUUGGUAUUUCUUCUUAAUUUUUUUGUUUUUCAUGUUGCUCUUGUCCAUAAUCCUCCAUUACAAAGAUACAUUAUUUUCAAGAUUAAGAGCCUUGGGAAUUCUGUCAUCUUUUGCAGUAUUGUUGACUGUGGUAACUUCGGCCCAGAAAUGCUAUUUCAUGGCUGACUCUGGUAAGACAUCUUUUCUUUUUAAAGUUUAUCAAUAGAGUUUGUCAUUUUUAAGCACACAAGCACAUAUAAUGCCUUAAAUAUGGUUCUUUAUAAAUGUGCAUUACAUUUAUGAAUAUUUGAAACUGGCAUGGUAUUUCUUAGAUUAAGAAAAUGGCAAUAGUUAAAUAGUCUUAUUCAGUGUUUGAUGUGUAUUAAUGAUAAGGUUAUAAUACAAUAUGUUGAGAUCAUUUGCUUGCUCCGGUUCCAAAGGUUCUUGGAAGUUGGUUGUAGUGUUCAGAAAUGGCAUCUUGCUUCUUAUCCAAAAUAUGAUUUUAGCAAGGCCAGGAACCUAAAGAGGUGGUUUUUUGGUUUUUGCAAAUUUUAAUUCAAGUCAUAGAUUCGGUUAGUUCAAAUGGGCUGUUGCUUCAACCUAGUAUCACCUUGCAUCAUGGACUGCAGGAAUAUCGAGCCCUGACCAAGUGGGGCAUGCAUAAACUCUCCUCUCUUCAAAAUUUCACCACUGUUACAGAGUAUGUGUAUGCUUCCUCUAAAUAUAAUCUAUAAGAUAUCCCACAUUGGAUAGGAGAAAAACUUCUUGGCAGUUUGCACUAUAUAUGUAUGAGUUUCUCUUAACAAUGUAACAUGUUUUAAAUUGAAAAAGGCUCCUUGGGUCCAAAGCGAACAAUAUGACUGGAAGUAGGACGUUACAAAUGAUAUCAAAGUUGAUCCCCAACCUUAACCCCAGUGAGGUGUCCCUCUAUUGAGAGUAAGUUAAGGGGCCAAAGGACCUAGAGUGAAUAAUAUCUACAUGGUUGGGGUCAUUUCAAUCCAUCCAUGCAGCUCCACAGCCUUACUCCUCUUGGAGUACUAGGAGUCACCUAAGCUUGGGUGCCUUUUGCCAAGGAAGGGCUGUUGAUGGCCACACUUCCAAAUAUAGAAAUUAGUCCAAGAUAGUGCACAUCCCUACAUAAUGAUAGCUUUUCACAUAUGAAUAAACUCAUGUUGAAUUUUAUUUCCAUAUAUAUCACAAAAAUGGAAGCAGAGUCCAUCUCAUUCAUAAAAGACAAUUGUUAUGAACUUGAUACAAUUUUCUACUUUUGACAUUAUUGAAAUCGAAGUUUGUACUUUGAUACUAUUGAAAUGCUAGUUUCUACAUUUGAUGCCAUUGAAAUUCUCUGGUCAUGUUUGCUGAAGGAAAGGGCUCCCUGCAACACUCUCAAUGCUUAAAAUCAAGAAAUUUCCGAUUUUAAAAAACGGUGUUAAGAGGGUGUGGGGAAGUGACGUCUUUGUAGCAGAGCAGGUUUUGAUUGGAAUGCCUCCUCGGUGGUGUUGAAUGUAUAGGGAUCUGGCAGUGCCAUGGACUUGUAACCUUGGAGGAACAAGGGCUGCCUCACAAUCUUAAAUAUUUGUAAUUAGAAAUUUGUGCUAACCAGGAGAAGCAGAGGACUCUGCAGUUUGGCCUGCAACCCUGCACCACUUUCUAUCAGAGAUUGUGUGCUAACCAGGACAGGCCCACUUGCUUCUCUUUCAUCAUUGUAUAUUUCUAGCCUAUGUCCAGGUCUGGCUUCUCUACAGAUGAUGGCUGUCUUUUUCCUACAACUCUGAGCAAACUUUUGAUUAGUAAACUGGAUUCCAUGGCCUCCCUGGCUUUCAAAAACCUCCCUUCUCUUGACAGUAUAUCCGUCUAUGGGUGCCAUGAGCUCCAGUCCAAAGGGCUUCCAGAAACAUUUCCAAGACUUGAGAUAAGGGACUGAUAACAAUGUUCUAAGAUGAAUUCCAUGUUUUCUACAUGCAAAAAAAAAAUCAUUCAGGUAUGGCUAUUUGCAACUCAACUCCAGUUCCAGAUUGUCCUCUCAUGAAUAUAUGGCUUUAGCAGCUCUUACUAAUUGGCAUUUUCUCUUAACUUGUUGGCCUCAGUUCCACACAAGCAUGGUUAGUUCUACUGUUCUAUUGAAUUUGCUUAUGAUUUUAUGUUCUUAAUAAAUAGAAUAAACCUAAACCUAAAACUGUGUCUAGACUCUUUUGACAUGCUUAACUGGGCUGUUCUUCUUUAUUUCAGAUCAAGACAUCCCACAUCCAUUUCCUGCCAUUAGAUACUCAUCAUAUGGGCUGCUUAAAAUGAAAGCAACAAUAUGUCUUCUCCUCUUUUCAAUAAGAUAAAGAAUGGAAGUUUCUUCUCUACAUUUAGGAAAGAAAGAAUAAAAAGAAGAUGCAGGUGAAAUCCAAAAUUUCCAAAAUUCAAGCUACAUAUUUGCAUGUCAGUAUGUUCUUGACCUCAACAAUUCAUGAUUAUCUGUUUUUCAAAGUUAAUGCCUCAUUUUUUAAAUUUAGUGCUUCAUUUUCAGAAUUUCUUCUCUCAGGUAAGAAGAAAAGAACGAUGAAGGUGGUCAAUGCUUAUUAGGACUUUCUUUUCUGCUAUUGUAAAAAUGAUCAAUAAGAUUGAAGAUUGGCAAGCAUGAAUAUGUUACUUUGAGUUAUCAACAUGUUUUUUUAUUUUUUUUAUUUUGAAAUGUUUGAUGUUUUCAUCAUGUUUUUAAUCCAUUUUCAUUUCUUCUUUUCUCAGAAAAAAUAAAUAAAUAAAUAAAAGAAUCCUCAUUUCUGCUGCCAAAUAGACCCUUAUACAAGUUUAGCAUUCUGCAUCACUCAUCCAAGAUUUCACUCUUCUUUUUGUGUUUGAUAUCAGCUGGAAAAUAAAAAUGUCAGAAAGUAUAGAGGUGUCCAAGGCAUUGCUGUAUACACUUGAAGAGACCAGUCUUACCUUCCUCAAGGUCCAUGAUGCUGGUCAGCCCUGAGCUGCACUAGAGCUAUUGAAGAGGUGGAUUGAAGACAAACUUCCUCAAAAACCCAUGCAUGGCUGAAUCAAACGAGCCAGAAAAAUGGCCUGCUCAAAUGUGAUUAUCUCUGUUGUGUUGAAGCCUAUAUCUUGUUUAAUUUAUCUUGCUCACAGUUGAAUAAUUUGUCCAUGUUGAACAUUGCAUGCUGCCCUUGAAUUCUCAGUAUGCUUGUAAAUAUUCGCCCACAGCCAACAACUACAAACUCUGGACUUUACAAGUGAUGAUGCAACAAAAAUUUCCUUUGGGAAAUAAGAAUGUAUGCUGCCUGUGUAUAUCAUUCCUCUUUCUUGUUAUCUUAAUGUUUGCUGUACUUGUGGGCUUACUCCUUUGACUUGGAUUUGAAGUUUAAUAAAGGUGUACUACUAUUAUUUUCUUCU